AUGUGUUCGACGCCUCGCAGCUGUUUCCCCUGCAGGUCCUGCAGAGUCAAAGAGUCUCUCUCGGUGUGUUGGUCCUGGUUUCCCGUCCGGAUGAGGAUGCGGGGUCGUUCAAACUCGUCGGACGCCGGCAGCGGCUUCGGUACGAACGUGCUGUUGGACCAGAGCGGCAGAACCACGGGUCAAGGAUGGCUCGGAGGCAAGCUCCGGAAGCUGCUGAAAACCCCACAGGCUCCACCCAGUGUUGGUGGUGGUGGUGGAGGAGGAGGUGGAGGAGGUGGUUCUGCCACUGAUGGACUCCAACCGCUGGAAGAAGAGAAACCUGCAGUCGUGAGGCUCACGUUUGAGCAGAACCUGGAGGAGCAUCAUCUGCUCGAAGCCGACCGGCUGCUGAUCGAGCGAGAGCAGCGUCUGUUCGGGGAGAUAACCGAGUCUGAGGGCCUCUCACGUCACCAGGAGGAAGUGGAGCAGCUGGCCGCAGACCGAGGAGUCCUGGACACGCUGGUCUUCCAGACUCUGAUGCAGAGUUUGUCCCUCGGCCCAGAGGAGCUCAACAACGAUGGCAGGGUGUCGGGCCUGACGGUGGCCCUCAGGUCGGCCGUGGAGGCCGUGCAGCUGGAGGAGCAGCAGGACCAGCUGUGGAGGCAGAGCCAGAGACCUCCUCCGUCCUGGAGGCCCUGCGUCUGGAGGAAGCGACACGACUCAGUGCUGCGCCUGCUGGUGGAGGCUCGCCUGGACAACCCCCGGGCGACCCCCACCACCUCCACCAGCACCACGCCGCAGUCGUCCCUGCAGGCCGACAUGCAGAGCAUGGGCCGGCAGCUGAAGGAGGACCUGCUGGUGGUGGUGACGGUGCUGAAGAGCUGCUACCCUCCACACAUGGACAUCUGCAACCUGUACGCCCGCAUGUACCACCAGAGCUUCGGCGCCAGGCUCAGGAAGAUCGCAGACUUCGGCCUGGACGACAAGGACUGCACCUCCCUACUGCUCUGGAGCAACAAGUACUACCCCGGGAUCCUGCAGAAGCCAGAGCUGGUGAACGAGAUCGACGCCGAAGCUUUGGGGAAACUGCUGCCUGACAAUCUGGUGGAGCCUCUGGAGGAGCAGUUUCUGAGCAACCAGCAGAGCGAGCUGAUGACGUACGUCGGCCGAGUCCUGGAGGAAGAGAAGGAGAAGUGGACUAAAGGGGAGGAACCGACGAGGGAGGACGGCUGCUACGUCAGCACGGUGGCUUGCGACAUCAUUCUGCUCAUCAACGGCAUGGUGACGUCAGCGCAGACCAUCACAGGAGACCUGCACAAAGCUCAGAGCAUCACAGGACAACUCAAAGACCUGAUGCAGAGGUACAAAGCGUUUCACGACAGCGUCAUCAAACAGAACAGAGCGAACAGCAGGGCGCUGAUCAAAGCCAACCUCGGCUGCAUCCAAGACUUCAGGGACUUCCUGGUGAAGAAAAGCCACCUGUUCCCCAACAACGUGCGAGAAAACUGCCUGAGCGUCCUGAACGACAUGAAACAAUCCGCUCACACGUAUUUAAUAAACCCCGUGCACAAAGUUCUCAAGCCCCAGUACCAGAAACUGGGAACCAGCGACUGGCUGAAGAAGAACUUGUCCGAGAAGCUGCUGAUCAGCAUCGAGAAGGAGCUUCUGGAGCUGCAGGGUUCGGCUGCAUCAUGUCAACAGGAGCUGAUGGGUCGGCUCCACCAGGAGGUGACGGAGGAGUACGUGAGGAGGCUGCUGAGAGGAGACGUGAAGCUGAAGGACAGAGAGAAGCAGCAGAAGGCUUACGUGACUGUGAAGGACGACGCCGAGGGUUUGCACAAGCUGUUCAGCAGCAUGGGAUCGCAGGAGGUCUGGCUCAAGGAAAUCCUGACCAAGAUCGCAGAAGUGCUGAAGCUCCAAGACGUUCCAGCCAUCCAGAUGCAGAUCUUCUCACUGGGAUCUGAUUAUCCCGACCUCAGUGAAAAACAGGUUUCGGCUUUGCUCAAACUCAAGACGACUCUCAGCCGGGCCGACAGGAGAACCGUCAAAGACACUCUGGUGGACGCUUUGAAAGAAGCCAACGCUGACGCCAACACUCGGCCGUUCUUCUGCAAAAUCAUCGUCAAAUGAAAAUGUGCACUUUUCUGGGUUUUUUGUGAACUGAGGGGUUUAGUUACUGUAUGGACACGUGAGUUACUGCCACCACGCUGCUGGCAAAUAUGGUGCUUCUCACAAAUCUGCUCUGUGUGAGGGAACGUCUGAUUGUUUUUUAUUUUUAUAUCAAAUCAGUGCUAAAGUUUGUUGUUAUUAUAUCAUCUUUUUCUUCUUUAUGGAAGGGGACACACGUCUGAUGUACAUAAUAUAAUGUAAAUUAAAUUUAUAAAUAAAGUUUAAAUAAAUCUGAAA